AUGGGUUCGUGUAUAGGAAAAGAGGAAAAAGUUGGUCAAUUACCGCCUCCAACUUCGUCACCAAUCUCGAUUUCGCCAAGUCACAAUUUGAAUAAUAAUUCUUCUUCGCCAAAUAAUACAAUUGAUAAAAAAUCGAUUGUUGGAGGAGGAAAUAAUAAUCAGAAUUCGAAUUUUAUUGCACUUUUUCAAUAUGACGCAAGAACUGAUGAUGAUUUGAGCUUCAAAAAAGAUGAUGUGAGUUUUUUGGGGGGCAUUUGAGUUGAAAUGUUCAAAUGUGCUCCAUCGAAAAUUUCAGCGCGAUAUUUAAAAUAAAAAAAUAGAGCGCACUUCCAUAUUAUUCAAUUCCGCCACCAAAAUUCCGAAUUCAAAUUGUUGUUGUACAGAUUCUCGAAAUUCUCAACGACACUCAAGGUGAUUGGUGGUUUGCCAGACAUAAGGCAACUGGAAGAACAGGAUAUAUUCCAUCGAAUUAUGUAGCAAGGGAGAAAAGUAUCGAAUCACAGCCGUGAGUUUUUCAAUUUUCUUGACUUUUUCACCGAAUUUCAUGAUUUUCAGAUGGUAUUUCGGUAAACUUCGACGAAUUGAUGCUGAAAAAUGUUUAUUGAAUCAGAUGAAUGAUCAUGGAGCAUUUUUAGUCAGAGAUUCUGAAAGUCGACAACAUGAUUUAUCGCUUUCUGGUCAGUUUUUUGUGGGUGAAACUUUGAAGUGGGUGAAACUGUUUUCGAAAUCCACGUUCAAUCGUUCGAUUUCAUCCAAAUUUUUUGAAUUCUCCACAGUACACUGUAUUUUUUUUGCAAUUCGAGGGAGACGCAGACUUUAACGUGUGCAGACAAAUCUCUCGCCGAAAAAGGGAGAGAAAUAGUGUGUGGCAGACACACAGCGUGUCGAGACCAGAGAGUGUCUGCGUCUCCUCGAAAUUGCAUUUUUCUAUUAGAAAAAAACACAGUGAGUAA